UUCCGCUUGUAGAAAGUUCUGCUCAAGUCUUGGCUAUUGAACAGCGAAAAUCGCAGGUCUCUAUCUUAUUCCUAUCAAAAGUUAUUCAAAAAGUGGCUGACUGUCUUGUAUUUUGGAACGCAUAGUAGUUAAAAAAUAUGUUUCUGGAUCAUUUUUUCUCACUGUAGUAUGACACAUUAUCUAAGAAAAAAUUGUUUAAUAGUCUAUAAUAAGAUGUACCUCUUAGCAAAAUGUAUUGUUACAAGUUUUAUGCGAAUUUUUCUAACAAGGUCAUUUUCAACUUCUAACAAUAUAUUUUUUUUCAUCUUUUUUUUAGCGUAAUGCAGUUAAGUCAAAGUCCCGUGUUAUCAUCAUCGACUAUGCCAGCUAUUCACAAAGAUAAUUGGCAACAGCGACGAUAUAAUUUUUUAAGUAAAAAUAAAAUGUUCGGUGCUGAACUAAAAGAUGAACUUGUGGGACAAAUAAUCAAUGAACAAGGCUCAGAUAUUGAACAUAGACCAAUGGUUAGUCCUUCUCAAUUACCACUUUCCGGAAGUAUGGAUUCUGAAGCAUCAAAUGCAAAACGUGAAUCAAUCAUUGGCAUGGCAGUUAGUGGUGUAAGAAAUCUUUUGGUGCAAGAAGAUGAUGAUGAUCCCGAUAGAAAUGAAAUGGGUGUUAGUGCAAGCGCAGUCGGUUUACAAUCAAUCGAAGAAGUUCCCAAAUCAUCCGAAAAUGAUGAAGUUGACCAUGGCCAAUCGAGAUGUUCAACAUGCACACAAACAGAAAAUGAGCUACUUCAAACAAUAACAACAACAAAAUGUGAUUCUCUACCGUAUACCGUUAUUAUCCCAUCUAAAAGUUAUAAUAAUCGAUUUGAGUUCAUUUUGAAACGACGACCAUUUAGAUAUUUUAGUUCACGCUAUAAAAAUGAUCGCAAACAAAAAAAAGUGAUUAUUCAAGAAUUAUAUAGUUCUCACAGACCUUAUUUUACAUAUUGGGUUACAUUUGUUCAAGCCUUAGUGUGUGCAAUAUCAUUAAUUGUUUAUGGUUAUGCGCCUCUCACAUCUAAUCAAUCAAAUAAUUCAUCAUUGACUGAACAACAAAAAUUUGAUUUAACAGUGAAUCCAUGGUUCGGUCCCCAUCCGGCUGAUCUUAUUCGUCUAGGUGCUAAAUAUCCACCAUGUAUGAGAAGUCAUAGAGACGUUAAAAAUAAAUAUUAUAAACAAGAAAGAUUAGAAGCAUUAUCUGGUUGCUGUAUUGAUGGAAAAUCUAAUCAAUGUAUGCAGACAUUAGAAGAUCAAUGUUUGGCACGUUCCAACUUAAAAUGGUAUAAAGCACCAGUGGUAACUAAAAAUGAUACCAAAUGGAAUAACAAGAGAAUUUUGUAUCCUGCUGUUUGUGGUUUGACUCCAGAAGUAUGUACGAAACAACUGACAACUAAUGUAGCAAGACCAGAAGAAAAUUCAUGGCCAUCAACGUCCACCGAUACAAGAUCAUUAAAAUGGUCUCCUCAUGCAACACAAUGGCCUAUUUGUCUUCAUAUUGAAAGAGACCGUAUAAGUCAUAACAUAUCAAAAUAUCCAUAUAUGACUUGCAAAAAUAUAGCCAAUCCUUGUUGUGUUGGUAUUUUGGGCGAUUGUGUUUUAACAUCAAGAGACGACUGUCGUCGUCGUCGUGGAAUUUAUCAUCCUCGUGCACAUCUAUGUUCACAGGUCGAUUGUAUUCAAAGUACUUGUGGAAUGUUAGAAUUUUUUAUAAGUAAGAAUAAUUGUUUCACUAUUCGAACUCCUGAUCAAGUUUAUCGCUUUUGGACAGUUAUAUUUAUUCAUGCAGGAUUGAUUCAUUUGGCUAUAACAAUUAUAUUUCAGUAUACAAUAAUGCGUCAUUUAGAAAAAUUAGCCGGAUGCAUACGUGUGAUGAUUAUUUAUGUUGUGGCAGGUUUUGCUGGUAGUUUAGCAAGUGCUCUAUUUCUUCGUGAUUCUAUUCAGGUGGGACCGGGAGGUGGACAAAUGGCUAUUUUAGCAUGCUAUUUAAGUGAAUUAUUUAUUGGUUGGAAAGAUCUGAAACAUCCAUGGAUACCAUUUUUUAAAAUUGUUAUCUGUCUUCUUCUAUUAUUUACUGUUGGUUUAUUACCAUUAGUAGAUAAUUAUUCUCAAGGUUUUGGAUUUUUAUUUGGUUUUCUUCUCAAUAUGAUUGUUUUUCCUGAUUUUAAUUUACCAAAAAAUGUUCGUCGACUUGUUGUUAUAUGUGUCUCAUUGGCAAUUACUAUUGCCUCAUUUAUUACACUAAUUGUCUUAUUUUAUGCAUUACCGUUUACAUGUAAAUCAUGUAAAUAUUUAAGUUGUCCAUUUUGGUCUGUUUGUGGUGGAGAAAAAAGGGAUUUGGUAUAG